UUUCAGCGUUUUAACGGACUUUUUAUAUUUCGUGCCAUGCAUCUACAGUUGUCACCCCACGCCCCCUUCCAAAUUAACCCAUCAGUGGACCGGCUCAUUUUUUCCCUUUUUGACGAAGAGGGGAUGUUUCGAUGCCUCCCGGUAGGUUCUCGCGCACCGAUUUACGUGCCUUCUUCCGAAUCGGAACUGUAUUUUGACGAUCUCAUAACGUCGCGAACGUACAAACGUGACGCGUCUCCGCCGCCUCCGCGACCACCGCCUCCUGCUGAGGACACUACAGAGAGGGAAAUGCCAAGACCACCCGUGAAGAAAAUCGAUCCGCCGAAAAUGAAUUUGGGGGAUCGCAGGAGACCGCCAGCUUACAGACCGAAGUCUCGGACUGAAUCGAGUAGUGCCAGUGGAAGCAGGGCAGAUGGUGGUCGCUUACGUGGAGACGGCGGCGGAAGCAGCGACGAAGACUCCUCCCGACAACUCGACCUCCGACAACGACUCCAAGAAGAAGCUUCCAUCUACCGGCGCCGCUUGGACGCCUACCGGCAAGCGCAACAAGACCAAGCGGCCCUAGUCAGUCGUCUACAAGCGAAGGUCCUACAAUACAAACAACGAUGCGCCGACCUCGAAGCUCAAAUGAUAGACAGCUCCAAGUACUCCGAACCUUCCACAUCCAGAACACCAGUGCACGUUCCAAGCGUACCGCAAAGUACGGCCCUGGAACAGGCACAACAACACCUACGAGAAAUGCGGGAGGAGAGGAUAACGGAUCUGGAGACGGCUUUGAGACGGUUAGACGAGGAAAAGAGGAAAAACGAGAAACUAAUGCAGCUGAAUAUGACUUUACGGGAACAACUAGAGGAGUCGCACAACACCAACGAGAGUCUGACCGGAGAUCUUCAGAAACUGACCAACGAUUGGGAGGCACUAAGAGAGGAGAUGAUCAUCAAGGAAGACGAAUGGAAGGACGAAGAGCAAGCGUUCAAUGAUUACUAUAGCAGCGAACACAACAGGCUUUUGAAUUUGUGGAGGGACGUUGUUGCGGUGAAGCGGUUGUUUAUGGAGAUUCAGUCAACCACGGAGAGAGAUUUGAACAAUUUGAAGAGCGAAGUUAGCAGUUUGGGUAAAGAUAUGAUGACGGCUUGUUGUAGAAUGGACACGAAUUUGUUCACGGAAACGGUUUUCGGUGGUAAGGAACGGUAUUUGCACCAGCAGGAACUUACCGAUCUUAAGCAUCAACUCGACUCUCUAAAAAUCCAUCACGACAGUUGCCAGACUGAGGUCAGAAUGAAAGAAGAGCGAAUUCAGCAGUUGCUGAAAGAUAUGCAAACUUUGGAAGAAAGAUGUGCCGACGCCGAGCACAACGUAUCCCAAGUAAUGAAAAUGCAAGAAGAAAUCGACAUCCUCCAAGGGGCCUUGCGUGACAUCGCUCACGCUCUGAUCCAAGACGCCGAAACAAAAGAUCCAGAACUGAUUCCAACCACUCAUGUACAUCUCAGUGCUUCCACACCUGUGCCCCAGAAAUCGCCAAAAAGAGGCUUAGCGCGUAGUAUGACUUCCCCAGCAGCUUUUGCUGAGAGCACCAUAUCUGCAGUACAAGCAGCUCUACAUAGGUAUCAGUCCAUGAUACAUGAACUACAGGUGAAGCUCCAAUCAAAUAGGGAGCAACUUUUGUUAGUUCGCAAGCAGUUCGAUAACUCCGAAGAAAACGUAGCUGGUUUAGAAAACCGGGUUAAAGAACUGGUGGCACAGCUAGAUGCUAGUCGCUCACAGUGUUCACAACUCGCCCAAGACAAAGAGUUCCUCCAGAAGUCCCUGGACACUCUAAAAACCGAAAAGAUCGCGCUAGACCGUCACCGAGUAGAAAUCAACUCCCUAGUGGAGUCGCUCAACGCCGACUACGACAAACUCCAAAAGAACAACAACAAACUGCAGAAGGAGAUCGACGGUUUGCAGGACGAGAAGAUUUUCCUGCAAACGGAGAUCGAUCGCCUGAACCAGGAAGCCAGCAUUCGAGAGAUCAAUCUUCGCGGGGAAGAGGAGAGGUGUAGCAGGAUCAGGGAGGAAUUGUUGAGUACGCGCGAAGAUCUACACAAAUUGUAUUUGUCGCACGACAUGCUUGAGCAACAGAAGGCGGAAGCCGAGAACUUGAUUAGUAGCUUGGAGAAGUCGAAAGGCGAGUACGAGAUGGAGUUGGAGCGGAUUCUGGGGGAGAGGAGCAACGUUCACGAUUCGUUGAUGAAGAAGGAGAAUAUAGCGGCGAAUUUGGAAAGUGAUAAGAAGAAGCUUCUGGACGAUUUGAAGAAGCUUGAAGACGAAAAGCUGGCUUUGCAAAUGCAGUCCAAUGAUCAGCAAAACGAUAUUCAGUCUUUGCGGAAGGAGCUGCUCCAGGCGGAGCAACAAAGACUGGAUUUGGAGUCCGAUAAGGUGUCGCUUUCGGAAAAGUGCAAGUUUUUGGAAAUCGACAAAGGAAAGAUCGAAAUGGAACUCAACCAAGUAACGCGAGAAAGAAACGACCUCAGCAACCAGUUGACCGUUCUGGGGCGCAAAAGAGACGCCCUAAACGACGAACUAAUCAGAACCCGCCAGAAACUAGAACAAGCCAACGAAACCAACGCCCGCGUUAACAGAAACCUAGAAGACCUGGUGAAAGAAUGCGAAGAAAAACAAUGCGCUUUGGACGCCUUGGACAAAGACAUGCAGCGCCUCCAGGAACAACUCGCCGCAGUGCGUUCCGAGAAAGAAGCUUUGGAAGCUGUGCUUUUCGACACACAGACGAACCUGGAAGCUUCAGAAGCCAAGAAAUUCCAGCUGGAGAGCGAACAACAAGAACUUUUGGUUAAACAAGAGCAACUCAAGGCGCAAAUUGCUCGCCUGACUAAAGAUCUAGAAAGGUCGGAGAAGAGGUGCAUUGAGGUUAAAAAUAGUUUGCUGCAACAGAGUGGCAACAAGGAGAUGGAAUUUAAACAAACUAUAGAGAAAUUGAAGUCACAAAAUGAAGACAAUAUCAAGAAAUUGACAGAAGAAAGGGAAAAAAUUAGGACGACAUUGGAGAAGCGUCUGCAGCAGUCUUUACAGCAAUUGACGCAUGAAAAAGAUGCCGAGAUUCAGCAGUUGAUCGACAGGAUUGAGUCGCUGCAAAACCACAUCGACAACAUGGUGCAACAGCACGAAGAGCUGAUGUUGAGGGCCGAAAACGAUAAACAGAAAGCGCUCUUGAUCGCGCAUCAUGAUCAACAAGCGUUGCAAGAUCGCCUGGAGGAUGCGCGAAGGGAGCUGAACAAUGAAAGAGAGGCAUUAGAGAGGUUGAAAAGGGAGGCGAAUGGUCGCUUCGAGAAGGACCGCUCGAACAUCAACCAGUUGAAGGAAGAACUAGGCAAGUACAGGACGAGGUUGGAGGAGAGCAGGACGCGUGCCGAGGAGGAGAAGGUGAAGUUGGACCAGAGGAUCGAAGAGAUCAAAGUGGAAAGAGACGGACUGCAGACGGAAGUCGAGAACUUGAAAGUUCAACUACAUCUGAGCGAAGACAAGAGUGAAAGUAUCAACAACCAACUCCACGAAACGAUCAGGAAGCUCAAAGAAGCUGAGAAUAACUCGGAGAGUCUCAGGAAGGAAAUCACCGAUAUUAGGAGACUCCUGGCGGAUAGCAACUUCGAAAAAGAGAAGUAUCACAACACGAAUAAGGAGCUGAGAGACCACGUAAAGAAAAUCGAGGGAGAAAAAAGAGAGCAGAGUAGACAGCUGGAAGAAACGUUCCAGAAGAUUACGAAUCUAGAAGAUAUCAAACUUUCCAUCGAGAAUGAGAAGAACAGGCUCCAGAACCAGAUAAGAGACUUGGAGAAGGAGCAGUUGCAGUCGGAACAUAAGGCGCAGUCCAUCUACGAAGAGCUCCAGAGAUCUCAAGCGGCCGGCACCCAGCAGCAAGCCGAAGAGAAGGAGUUACAAGCCCGACUUCUAAAUGAAGUGGAAGAGCGAGAACGCGCCCAUCAGGAAGUCCACCAACUUAAGAAACAAAUGUCCGAACUGGACCGAAACCUAGACCAGACCCGUCAAGAACUGGGCAGGACUCGCUCGCACAGCGCCCAGUUGGAGGAGCAGUGGCACGCCCGAGAACAAGAUUUGUUGGUCCACUUGGAAGACAGCCGGGCUAGGGAGAAGCGGUUGGAGGACCAGAAGCACAAUUUGGAGGUUUGUUUGGUGGAUGCUACGCAGCAGAUCCAAGAGUUGAAGGCGAAACUCGGAGGUUCCGAAGGCAGAGUCAGAGCUUUGGAAGCGCAAUUGGCGCAGCUGGAAGGAUUGAAACGCGACGUGGAGCAGAAGCUUUUCAGCGUUGUUUCGACUUUGCGCAGGAUUGCGGGAGUGCAGUUGGAUGGGUCUGUGAGCAUGCCGUAUCGGUUGCUCAGUCCAUCGAGGAGGUGGAGUCCUGCCAGAGGACAUGAUGAUGGAAGAGAUGGCGCAAUCGACGUGGAUCCAGAAGUCGUACGCAAAGGAGUACGCAAUUUAAUGCAGCAAGUGGCACAGAUCGAACGCGAAAGGGACGACUACAAAACCCAAGUUUCCACAAUCAAGAAGCAGCUACAUGAAGCACACGAAAGUCAGAGCAAAGGCGACAGCAAACUCAACAAGGUGUUGCAGACUUUGAGAGGCCUCCAAGAUGAGAAAGGGGCUCUGGAGGCGAAACUCAGCCAAAAGUCCGUCGAGUUGCAGUCGCAAACUACCGCUCUGAGCAAAAAAAUGGAAGAGAAUCAGCAGAUGCGCGACAAAAUCGUAUCGUUGGAGUUAUCGAUAAGCAGUGGAAAUGAAGAGAGAUUGCAGUGCGAGGAUAAGCUGGAGAAGAUGAAGAUGGCUUUAGGGAGGCUUGAGGCCGAGAAGCGCGGGCUGCAGGAGGAGUUGAGCAGGACUGAGAGCAGAUCGACGAAAUUGGAGCUGCAGAGGAUGUCGACGGAGGGUGAUUUGCAGAGAUUGCAGAUGAUGCUGCAAGAAAAAGAUGCCACCAUACAGAAAUUACAAGAGAAGUGCGAUCAUCAGAGUCGUACUCUGGCGAGUUUGGAAGAACGCUGUAUGUCUCUGAAGUCCACGAUCGAUCAGUUGACUUUAUCGCUAGAGAAAGCAUCCACUGGUGAGAAUGAACUCAGAACGGAGAUACAAACCCUACAGAGGUCGCUGUUGGAGGUGACGAGCUCAUCGCAAACAGGAGCCGAGAAGCUUAAACAGCUCCACAAGUCCCUCGCCAACAGCGAAAAUGAACGCCGCGUUCUCACCGAACGCUUCGAAAGCACCCAACAAAACCUGGCCGAGAUGAGACGCAACAACCAAAUCCUCCAGGACCAAGUGACUCGCCUCAACAACGAGCUAGCGAACAACGAAGUGCAGCGCUCGGGCCUCGAAUCUCAGCUGCGCUUAGCGCAGUGGCCAGCAGACGGCGCUAUCAGCUCGCACCAAGAAGAAGAGCUCCACCGGCAGCUGCAGGCCGUGCAGCGGGAGCGAAGCGAGCUUCGCGGAAAAGUCGACUCCCUCAACAACAAAGUGCGACAAGUGGAGGCGGAAAAGCGAAACAUGGAGCGGUCUUUGGCCAAAUCGACCACUCGAAGCAAGUCGUUCGAGCGCCCGGAAAAGUACGAAAGCGAUUCGGGAAUCAACGAGUUGGAACGGUACGAACAAGAAAAUAGAGAGCUGCGUCACAAAAUCUCGCACCUCGAGGAGGAGUUGGCCGAGAAAGACUCGGAGUUGAUGAGGUUGAGGACUCAGCGGCCGGGAUUGGACGCUAAGUUUGAUAGGGCGGAGAUUGAGAGAUAUAGAGCGGCUCAGUUGCAAGCUGAGAGGUUGCUGGAGGCCAGAGAGCAGAGUCAUCGGCAGCAAGUGGCACGGUUGGAGAACCAAGUAACUCUGCUAAGAGAACAACUAAACCAAGAAAUCAAAAGACGACAGCAGUACGUUCUCAGGAGUACUAAGGCUGGCCGCGAGAUGCAGCAGCUGAGGCAGGCCUUGGGCGAUUCUUUGCGCACGGUGUCCCAGGAUCCGUCCCUCGAUGCUCUUUUGUUGGAGCACGAGGCGCGAAAACUGGAUAACACACUUUCCAACACUGCCAGUUUGCCUCCUGGUCUUAGUUUACCAUCGUCUUCGUACAGGAGAUCUACAACUCCGCAACCUAAGUAGUUUUAGUUGAUUUUUUAUUGACAUCAUUACCAGGGAAGUAUGAGAACUAUUAUUUAUUCGCACUUUUGUACCAAAGAAUGUAAUGUACUUAAGUCCAUUCUCGAUUUACACUGCCAUUUUUAUAAUUUGCUCAAUAAGGUUAGAUUGCAAGGAAUGGACUACUAAUCUAGGAACGCUUUCGCCGUCUAAUCAGGUAUAAAUCACGGAUUUGGAGUAACUAAAUUAUUUUUAAACACGAAGUUUUGGUAUUUAUACUCAAAAGUGUUCAAAAUUGAAUAGGGUAACACUUAGUGACACUACUUAAGUAGAGAAGUAACUGAAUAGAUGUACUUAAAAGCUGUAAGGAAGAUACUUAACCGUCCGUUAACGGUUUCUAGAAUUGACAUUUCAGGAGGAUAUACAUGUUUGCCGACUGCUUGGGCAGUCUUUGGGGCCCUGUAUAUCGGGAUGUUAUUCUUAAACUGUUAAAUUUUCCGUCCAGUUAAACAUACCUAUAUGUAUUUUGUAAUGAACUCGUAGAACAUAACUUAGGUUAACUAUUGCUUAAAUAAAUUACUAUUAGAGAAA